UUCUGCUGCUCUUAGAGAAACACAUCUGUCCUGCUGGUGCGUCAGAUGAGUCCAGCAUGGAAAAGCUUUGUUCCUCCAGAGGGAGUUCAGUUUGAACAGGAAGGACUCAGUGCUGGUAGAUCUCAGCUGACACCACAGGGGGGCGUCAGAGUCAGAGGGACGACCACGAGGAAGUGAAGAAAUGAGGACGUACUCAGUCAGUCAGUUCAGAGAGCAGAAAGAUAAAACAGACUGACUGAAGAUGAGUGAUGUGGAGGAAGAGGACAGACCAGAGUCUGCAGUGUCCAGCUGUCCGUCUAUGAAGAGUUUCCGGUCUAAAGGAAAACCUCCAGACUUCAGUAAUGAACCUUCAGACACAAAGUAAGAGACUGAUCUCAGAAACCGGACUCCCUAAAGUAUCUGGACUCUACAAACAGAGUGAAGGUCGUCUUUUACCUCAUCGACAAACAUCCAGUUUUCGUGCACAAACACAAUAAUAACUUGUAUUGUUUGUUAUGUUGUUAUUACCGAAGGAACCCCAGAAGUGGAGUCAGUGAGAUAAACAACAUACUGAAACACCUUCAGGUAUCUCAGUCUUUAUACAGACGUGUCUUUGUCAUGGUCCAUAAGCACUCCAUUUUCCCAAAAACUACAUCAAAGAUCUUCUCCUGCACAGACAUGUCUGCAGCUAAACCUAAGUGUCCCGAGUGCAAUAAACAUGCAUAACAUGCACAAAAGGUCACUGCACCUCUGCUUGUAGCACUUUGUCUUAUCCAAUCCCAUACCAAGACAUCUUUUUAUAGACUUGAUUGUUGUUCAUUUGCUCUGCUGCAGGCCGAAUUUCUCCUAGUGGGACGAUAAAGAACUGAAAACACUAAACUUCCUGACUCACCACUGCGUUGCUUUUUUACUGUCAGUUUUUCAACUUGCCGCUGUGGCUCGCUAUGUAACCAUGGCGACCACAGACACUGGAGCUGAUUUUAUUGAUCUGAGUUCAGUGAAUGAUUCACAUCUUCAGCAGAUCAGUGAAGAGAAACAUCAGCUUCAGUCUGAUUAGCUGCUCUGAGACAAUAAUUAUGACGUAAUGAUGCUAACUGGAGGUAGUUGCGUCCUACUUCUCGCCGCAGACUGCUGCUGUUAUAGUAUAAUCUCAUCACACAUCGCAGCUGAACCGCUGAACACAAAACAUUCUGACUAUUGUUUGUUAAAAUAAUCUGAAUAAAAAUAUCUUUUCCACAGACAGAGAGCAGAGUCUCCAGGAUCCAGCUGUCUGUCUAUGAAGAGUGACUUUUCGAAAGAUGAACCUCCGUUCUUCAGUAAUGAACCUGGACCCUCAGACACAAAACAGAGAGCAGAGUCUCCAGGAUCCAGCUGUCUGUCUAUGAACACUGACUGGUCCAAAGAGUCACCUCCAAACUUCAGUGAUGAACCUGGACCCUCAGACACAAAAGAGAAGAAGAUGAGGAGUCAUGUUUCUGUGGAGGAGCAGCCGUCCUGCUGUGCUUUGUGUCAGGACGUCCUGAAGGAUCCGGUCUCUACCAGCUGUGGACACUGGUUCUGCAGACGGUGCAUCACCUCAUACUGGGACCAGUCUGCUUCAUCAGGAGACUCCUCCUGUCCCCAGUGUGGAGACAGAUCCAGAACAAGACCUGGACUGCAGACAGCCCGUCAGACCAGCACUGUACAAAUGGAUGACAGUCUCCAGGAGGUUUUAGAUGAGCAUAAGAUCAGUCUGAGGAGGAGAUGUGAAUGUGUGACUGAAGGAAGUGAUGAAACAGGAAGUGGAACCCUCCUCAACAGGAUCUACACUGAGCUCUACAUCACAGAGGGACAGAGCGAAGAGGUUAAUACCCAACAUGAGGUGAGGCAGCUUGAGACAGCUUCCAAGAUGGAGACCCUCCAUGACACUCCAAUCAAGUGCCACGACAUCUUUAAAGCCUUACCCGGCCAACAGGGACACAUCAGAAUCGCUCUGACGAACGGCGUCGCUGGCGUUGGAAAAACCUUCUCGGUGCAGAAGUUCACUCUGGACUGGGCAGAGGGCUUGGAAAACCAAGACGUCAGUCUGCUGAUUCUGCUUUCGUUCAGGGAGCUGAACUUGAUCAGAGAUGAGCGGUACAGUCUUCUCCAGCUGCUCCAUGUUUUCCAUCCAACAUUACAGAAGGUCACAGCAGAGAAGCUCGCUGUCUGGAAACUUCUGUUCAUCUUUGACGGCCUGGAUGAAAGCAGACUUUCACUGGAUUUCCACAACAAUGAGGUCGUGUCUGAUGUCACACAGAAGUCAUCAGUCAACGUGCUGCUGACAAACCUCAUCGAGGGGAAUCUGCUUCCCUCGGCUCUCGUCUGGAUCACUUCUCGACCUGCAGCAGCCAAUCAGAUCCCUCCUUCAUGUGUUAACAGGGUAACAGAAGUACGAGGCUUCACUGACGCCCAGAAGGAGGAGUACUUCAGGAGGAGAUUCAGUGAUGAAGAGCUGUCCAGCAGAAUCAUCUCGCACAUCAAGACAUCCAGGAGCCUCCACAUCAUGUGUCUGAUCCCAGUCUUCUGCUGGAUCACUGCUACAGUUCUGGAGCACAUGUUGACUACAGACCAGAGAGGAGAGCUGCCCAAGACCCUGACUGACAUGUACUCACACUUCCUGCUGGUUCAGACAAAGAGGAAGAAGCAGAAGUAUGAUGACGGACAUGAGACGAGUCCACAGGAGCUGAUGGAGGCUGAUAGGGAAGUUCAUCUGAAGCUGGGGAGGCUGGCGUUUGAACAGCUGGAGAAAGGAAACAUCAUGUUCUACCAAGAAGACCUGGAGCAGUGUGGUCUGAAUGUCUCCAAGGCCUCGGUGUACUCAGGAGUUUGUACAGAGAUCUUCAGAAGAGAGAGUGUGAUCUUCCAGAAAACAGUCUACUGCUUUGUUCAUCUGAGCAUUCAGGAGUUUCUGGCUGCCGUCUACAUGUUCCACUGUUACACCGACAGGAACACAGAGGUACUGGAGGACUUCCUGGAAGAUAGGGAUGAUGAUGAUGAUGAUGAUGAUGAUGAUGAUGGUGAUGAUGAUGACCAUUACCCAUCCCUCGAUGUCUUCCUAUGGAAAGCCAUGCAGAAAUCCCUUGAAAGUAAAAAUGGCCACCUGGACCUGUUUGUCCGCUUCCUUCAUGGCCUCUCUCUGGAGUCCAACCAGAGACUCUUAGGAGGCCUGCUGGGUCAGACAGACAACAGUCCAGAAAUCAUCCAAAGAACCAUCAGCGACCUGAAGGAGAUGAACAUGUAUAAGAUCUCUCCUGACAGAAGCAUCAACAUCUUCCACUGUCUGAUGGAGAUGAACGACCACUCAGUACAUCAGGAGAUCCAAGAGUUCCUGAAGUCAGAGAACAGAUCAGAGAAGAAACUCUCUGUGAUCCACUGCUCAGCUCUGGCCUACAUGCUGCAGAUGUCAGAGGAGGUUCUGGAUGAGUUGGACCUGGACAAGUACAACACAUUAAAGGAGGGACGACUCAAACUGAUCCCUGCUGUGAGGAACUGCAGAAAAGCUCGACUUCAGGAAUGUUGGCUCUCAGAGACUCACUAUGAAGUUGUGGUCUCAGCUCUAAGGUCCAACCCCUCCCAUCUGAGAGAGCUGGACCUGAGAGGAAGCAGGCUGCAGGAUUCAGGAGUGACGCUGCUGUCUGCUGGACUGGAGAGUCCACACUGUAGACUGGAGUCACUUUCACUUGCUAAUUGUGGACUGUCAGAGAUCAGCUGUGGCUCUCUGGUCUCAGCUCUGAAGUCCAACCCCUCCCACCUGAGAGAGCUGGACCUGAGCAGGAACAACCUGCAGGAUUCAGGCGUGAAGCUGCUAUCUGCUGGACUGGAGAGUCCACAAUGGAGACUGGAGACUCUCAGAAUGAGUGACUGCAGUUUGUCAGAGAUCAGCUGUGCUUCUCUGGCCUCAGCUCUGAAGUCCAACCCCUCCCAUCUGAGAGAGCUGGACCUGAGUCACAACAACAUGCUGCAGGAUUCAGGAGUGGAUCUGUUGUCUGCUGGACUGGAGAGUCCACAUUGUAGACUGGAGACUCUGAGACUUAGUCACUGUGAACUACCAGAGAGCUGCUGUUCAUCUCUGGUCUCAGCUCUGAAGUCCAACCCCUCCCAUCUGAGAGAGCUGGACCUGAGUUACAACAAGCUGCAGGAUUCAGGAGUGAAAUUGCUGUCUGCUGGACUGGAUAGUCCACACUGUAGACUGGAGACUCUGAGGUUGACAUGCUGUCUGCUCACAGAUGGAAGUUGUGCUUCUCUGGCCUCAGCUCUGAAGUCCAACCCCUCUCAUCUGAGAGAGCUGGACCUGAGAAACAACAAGCUGCAGGAUUCAGGAGUGAAGCUGCUGGCUGCUGGACUGGAGAGUCCACAUUGUAGACUGGAGACCCUUAGGUUGAAAGACUGUCACAUCACAGAUGAAGGCUGUGCUUCUCUGGCCUCAGCUCUGAAGUCCAACCCCUCCCAUCUGAGAGAGCUGGACCUGAGCCUCAACAAACUGCAGGAUUCAGGAGUGAAGCUGCUGUCUGAUCUUUUGGAGAGUCCACAUUUUAGACUGAAGACUCUGAGGUUUAAAUGAACCUGGACUGUAGAGACAAGGACGUCAUUCAUCAAGCUGCCACAUCAUCAACCUGGACGCAUAUUCAACAAAGAUAUAAGAAUCACUUCUGUUCUCUUUCAUUCGUUCGUUUUAAUCAAGGGUUAGUCUCAGAUUAUAGCAGCGCUACGUAUAACAUCUCUCUAUACAUAGACUUAUUUCUGGGCCCUAUCUCCUGCAGGCCCCUUAGUUACCUUAAGGACACUUUUCAUUUUCUGAAAAUAAUUCGCCCCAUGCUAUUGCCUUCCAAUGCUUACCUCUUUACAAUCAGCAUCAACAGCCUCUAUACUCAUAUAGGCAUACUAUCUAAUAUUAAUACAGAAAUAGGACUCCAAACUGUCCAAAAAAUAUUUUAAAGUUACCCGGAUAGGAAUAGACCAGAUGCUGAAAUCUUGAAAUUAUUAGAAAUAUGCUUGAAAUGUAAUGACUCUGAUUACUUUAAUUAAUUUGAUAACAAGCGGUACUUAGCAAUGGAGGGCAUGGCGAUGGUACACAGGUAUGCGCCAUCCUACGCAAAUUUUUACAUGAGCGAGUGGGAGCGAGAGGUGCCCGUUAAAGCCAACUUUUUAGCUCAGAUUUUGGAUGACAUCAUCAGAACGUGGCAGCACGGAGAGGAAAGCUUUCAGGAAUUCAUAACCAUAUUAUUCAACCAUCACCCCUCUAUUAAAGUGAAACCUAAUUUGGACCGGUGUGAAGUGAAUUUUCUAGAUACCGCUGUGUUUUUUGAAAAUGAUAAAAUGAUAACAGCAAAAAAUCACUCCCCCGAGUCUACUUCAAACCUACAGAUACUCAUGCUUUGCUACAAAAAGCUAGUUUCCACCCUAAACACACAUUUAAAAAGGUAUAUAGUUAAAUCCCAAAUCAUCAGAUUUCACAGAUUUGCAUCCCGUAAAAUAGACCUACACACCUCCAUCUCCAUCCUUUUACGCAGUCCUAGGCAAAUCAAUUGAAGAACAACUUUCAAAGGAUAAUGGCCAAUCAUGAUAGACUAGGUGAAUACAGAGUUAUCUAAAAUUUAAAAGAUGCACUGGUCAGAGCCACAUUUUGUAGACAGGGAGGUGAGAGGGACAACCACUGGGCCUUUAAGCCCAUGAAAUUCCUGUUUAACCCACAUGGAGGAGUGGGCGCUGUAGUAUUGAUGAACAAUGUGAUAUUUGAUGACUGUUGAGGACAAUAAAAGGUUUAAUAUGA